AUGCGCUUCUCUAGACCCCGAUUGAGGGUUUCACAACAUGAGUCAGCCUUUGCAUCAGGCAAUGCGCGAUGGACAAAUCGUGAUCUCGAUCCUAUUCCUUUACUAGGACGUAAAUGGGGUGUGGCCAGUAUAAUUGCAUACUGGAUCUCCGAUGCCUUUAAUGCCGCAACCUGGGAAUUCGCAUCCAGCAUAAUUGCAGUCGGCUUAACCUACAAAGAAGCUCUCGUAAUCGUCGCAAUCUCCUUCUUCAUCAUUUCCUUCGUCAUAGCAGGAAACGGCACAGUCGGCGCAAAAUACCACAUCCCCUUCCCAGUGAUCGCCCGUGCAUCCUGGGGUUUCUGGGGCUCCUACAUCCCCAUCGUGUCCCGGGUCAUCCUAGCCGUAUUCUGGUUCGCCAUCCAGAACAUCAAUGGCGGGAAUGCAGUGCGCGUAAUGCUAGGCGCGAUCUGGCCUAGCUACCUGAACUUGCAUAAUGGGAUCCCGCUUGAUCAGGGUAUAACCACCAAUGGGAUGGUUGCAUACUUUAUAUUUUGGGUUAUUCAGUUCCCGUUUUUGUGUCUGCAUCCUAAUAAGUUGCGGUGGCUUUUUGCUGUCAAGUCAAUUAUUGUGCCGAUUGCUUUCAUUGCGAUUCUGAUUUGGGCUUUUGUGGCUGAGAAGGGGGUGGUGCCAUUUUUGACACUCAGUCUGCGAGUGUCAGCGGAAUCUGAUUUCUCUCGCUACUCCCGCGUCAGUCCUCGCUGGCAAGCCCUCUACAUCCCAAUGCUCCCAAUAGUCUUCACCUUCAUCUCCUUCGUCGGAAUCGCAGCCUCAUCCGCCGGCCAAGCCCACUACAACCUAUCCGCAAUUCCCUGGGAUCCGUUAACCCUAAUAAGCCAUUGGAGCAACCGAUCCUGCCGGUUCUUCGCCGCAUUCUCCUUCGCCCUAGCCGGACUAGGCGUAAACAUCUCGGCCAACUCGCUGUCAGCGGCAAACGACUUCACAGCUUUAGCGCCUCAGUUUAUGAACAUCCGCCGCGGCCAGAUCCUCUGCGCCUUGCUCUCUUGGGCCCUUGUCCCCUGGAAGAUUCUCGAGUCAGCAGACAACUUCUUGAAUUUCAUGUCUGCUUAUGCCAUUUUCCUUGGACCCAUUGCGGGGAUUAUGCUGUUUGAUUAUUGGGUUGUUAGGAAGCAGAUGUAUGAUUCACUUGCGCUCUAUCAGCCGUGGAACCCGAUCUAUCGGUAUGAGUUCCGGGGCUUUGGAAGGGAUGUUUGGGGCUUUAAUUGGAGGGCUAUUGUUGCGUUCUUGGUUGGUGUUGUGCCUAACUUGCCGGGUUUGAUAAAUACGGUUAAUCCGUCGAUCGAGGUUGGGGUCGGGGUGCAUCCGUAUCAGUUUGGGUGGUUGUUGGGGUUCUUUGCGACCAGUGGUGUUUAUUUGGGACUUUCGUGGUGGUUUCCUGCUAUGGAAGGGAGAAUUGAGAGGGCUGUUCUGCCAGAUGAGGUUUAUGAGGAGAGUGGUGCUGUUGUUAUGGGCGUGGAGACGAGUAGCAUUGGGGAGAAUGUGCACAUGAGAGUGGGUAAGGGGGGGAUAUGA